GACUCUGAACUUAUUGGAGGGCGACCUUGCUUUACGGCUCUCGUCCGCGUUUUACGGCAUUUUCCGGCUUCCCAUUCACUUCGCUGUGAAGAUGGCGUCAGGCAGCGGGACAAAAAACUUGGACUUUCGCCGAAAGUGGGACAAAGAUGAAUACGAGAAACUUGCUGAGAAGAGGCUCACAGAAGAGAGAGAAAAGAAGGAUGGAAAACCAGUGCAGCCAGUCAAGCGGGAGCUUCUGCGGCACAGGGACUACAAAGUGGACUUGGAAUCCAAGCUUGGAAAGACCAUUGUCAUUACGAAGACCACCCCACAAUCUGAGAUGGGAGGAUAUUAUUGCAAUGUCUGUGACUGUGUGGUGAAGGACUCCAUCAACUUCCUGGAUCACAUUAAUGGAAAGAAACAUCAGCGAAACCUAGGCAUGUCUAUGCGUGUGGAACGUUCUACCCUGGAUCAGGUGAAGAAACGUUUUGAGGUCAACAAGAAAAAAAUGGAAGAGAAGCAGAAGGAUUAUGAUUUUGAAGAAAGGAUGAAGGAACUCAGAGAAGAGGAGGAGAAGGCUAAAGCAUACAAGAAAGAGAAACAGAAGGAAAAGAAGAGGAGGGCUGAAGAAGAUUUGACAUUUGAGGAGGAUGAUGAGAUGGCAGCUGUGAUGGGCUUCUCUGGCUUUGGUUCCACCAAGAAGAGUUAUUGAAGCUUCUUGUACUUGGCCUAAUUUUGGCCUAUGCUGGACCUAACAUUUUGUGUGUGUUGGGGAGGGGAGGCUCAUUUCUAAGUACUUGGUAAAGAUCUUAAGAGUGUCAGUGGGCAGGGAGGAGGGUGGGGGUGUGGUUUCCUUCUGUGUUGGGAGAGGGCACAGGGUACAGAGGUAAUGCUGUGGCAUUUUCAUUCAGUCUCAGUAUAGCACUGGAGUCACAGGACCUUUGCCUGAGUUCCCAAUAAAGACAGACCUCCCCUUCUAAGGCUGCUUUCCCGAAACUCCCCCUGCAUCUUUCCCUUUUCAUCUACUCAGCCUCUUGCCUGAGCAUCCUAUCUUUAUUCUCUGUUCUGUUGUAAUUUUGACUCCAGCCUGCAACAGAAGGGUUAUCUUAGUGCCCCGUUUCCGGUCGAUGGCAUAUCCUUGAUCAGUCCUUCCCUUUCCCAUUCCACCUCCUGGGUCUGUAGCCACAUGUGCAUGCAUGUGUACUUCUGCCUGGAUUAGUGGUGUGUGUGGAUAUGUAUGUGUGCAUGAAUCUGUCACAAAGAGGGGUCUUGAGCUAGAACCUCAGAGCAUUGCUUUCCUAGGGCCUGAUGUUCUUGGUUUCCUCAGCGCGUGUAACAGGAAAUUAAAUGGGAUGAGUGUGGUAUGGUUUGUGUCUGGUGAGCUUUUAACAUUGUUCUUCAGAUGUAGGCUGUUUCAGCUUCUGCUGUUUGUUUUAUUUUGCUGAGGAUUUCUUUGUCUUCCUUGUGAGCAGGCUCUUGGAAGAACCUGUUUGAAGCAAAAAAGAAAAUGAAAAAUGAAAAAACACAAAAUGCAAGCAAACAAACUCACUACGGGAGCCCCUGGGUCUCAGAGGCUGUUCAGCAUGUGUAAUAAAUGGCAUUGACUGGCUCGUUUCACA